AUGAACGACACUUAUUGUUUCCGCUGCUCUGUUCAGACUCUUAACGGACUCGGCAUCGACCGACACCUGCUGGGGCUCAAGCUGCAGUCUAUCGAGAAAGGACUGACCAUCCCCAAGAUCUUCAUGGACACGGCGUACGGGCUGGCGACGCACUGGAAACUACGAACAGGGCAGGUGCCUGCGAACACUGACAGCGUGAUGUGUUUCGGGCCCCUUGUUCCCGACGGUUACGCGAUUUGUUACAACCCUCAGGAAGACCACGUCCACUUCUCCAUCACGGCCUUCAACUGCUGCGAGGAGACGCACGCUGAAACGUUAGCGCUCACGCUGAAGGACACGUUGUGUCAGCUACAGGAGCUGCUGCAGCCUACUGUGUAGAGCUGCUCCAUCCACACAACAUGUCCAACAGGAUCAACCCACUCGCCUACACCUGGAAAUAAACCUCUUUAUAUCCCUUCAGUUCUGGGUGACGCUUGACAUGGAUGUUUUCUUGUGAACUCCACUGAAAUCAGACUUAGGUGCUUUUUUUUAAGCUUUUGAUGAAACAGUAGAUAUUUUUUCUAGCAAGAGCGCAACAAGCAAGGAGCAUUAUAUAUUUGCUACAGUGGAUGAAUCCAAAGCAAAAGUAAAGCCAACCCGACACUCCAGCAUUAAUCAGAUCAAGCCAAAGUGUUUGUAGAAACUUACCGCACUCCUUUUUCCGAGUCAUGUAAUGACCCGUAUACUUUCUAGUUCCCUCUACAGAGACUAAAUGUGCUGCGCUGCCGUCAGCGAUAAUAAUAUUAAUAAUCCCCAUGAUUUUGUUGGAUCAACAAGUUUUCUUGAAAAGGACCAAAAGUCAGAAAGCAGGUUGUUGUCGGUGACGGUACAGAGAAACUGUAUUUACUGUAUGUUGUAUGUGACGAGGCUGCACGACUGGUUAAUAAAGCCUUUUAUCACAUUGAUCCUCAUUGAAA